AUGAUUGUUCCAGUAAGAUGUUUCUCUUGUGGUAAGGUUGUUGGUGAUAAGUGGGAGAGUUAUUUGAAUAUGUUACAAGAAGAUGAAUUGGAUGAAGGUACUGCUUUAUCUAGAUUGGGUUUGACAAGAUACUGUUGUAGAAGAAUGAUUUUAACACAUGUUGAUUUAAUUGAAAAGUUUUUGAGAUACAACCCAUUGGAAAAGAGAGAUUAG